AUGCUCGAGAAGCACAAUUUGAAGGAGGAUAAAUGGUUAAAGAAUUUGUUUGAUGUGAGAGAAAAAUGGGCAUUGGUAUACGGGCGACAUACUUUUACUGCAGAUAUGAUGAGUACACAACGUAGUGAGAGUAUGAAUAAUAUUUUGAAAAAAUACUUGAAGCCUAGUUAUGACCUGUUGUGCUUCUUUGAACACUAUGAGAGAGUUUUGGCUGAUCGAAGAUAUGAAGAAUUAAUUGCUGACUUUAAGAUGAUGCAAACUUCUCCUGUGUUAUCUGCUAACGUAGAGAUGUUGCAACAUGCAGAGGAGGUGUAUACCCCAGAAGCUUUUAUACUCUUCCAGCAACAAUACACAAGUAUUGGUGAUUAUGUUGCUAAUAAAGUUAGCAAGUCUGAGAUGCAAUAUGAAUACAAAGUAUCUUAUCGUGGUGUUGCUCGAGAGCAUUUGGUAAAAUUUGAUGCUUCAAUGCAAACAAUAACUUGUAGUUGCAUGAAGUUUAAUUUUGUUGGGAUUUUAUGCCGUCAUGCAAUGAAAGUGUUGGAUAGGAAGAAUGUGAGAAGAAUCCCUCCUACUUGCAUAUUAAAUCGAUGGAGUAAAGAAGCUAAGGCAAGGAGCAUCACUAGUUAUCAUGGACCAAAGACUAAUGAAAAUCUGAAGCAGUCGAUUGGAAAGCGAUACAGCCAUUUGUGUCGUAAUUAUCGUGAGAUUGCAUCCUUUGCCUCAGAACAUGAGGAACUAACAAGGUAUGCAAAUGAAUAUGCCAUUGAGUUGCUUAAAAAUUUGGAAGAAAAGAAGAAGAAACUGUUGAAAGAAGAUGCAUGGGUGAUUCAAACAUCAGAUGUUGGAGCUUUAGAAGGUGAAGUAUCAAAUGCACGUGGAGUUAAAAGAAAAGCUACUGACUUUAUUCCUACUAGUGACAAUUGCGAGCAACAAGAAGUCAAUGAAUAUGAAGUUCUAAUGCUUGAUUCAGCAACUCAAGAGUCCAAUCUUAGUGCUGGUACCCAAGUAUCAGUUUAUGGCACAGGUCUAACUUUGCAGAACGACUUUUCUUUCACUCAAAUGCUCCAGGAAAUUUCAAUGAAUCAUAUUUGCUCUUCACAAAGCAAUGAAGGAGGCAAAGAGCAGUCUGGAAGUUGA